AUGGCGACGGCCGUCAACGAGUCUUCUCCGCUGCUACCACAGCACACAUCUUCUGGUGCUUCUCCCUCACGGCCGACUCAGCGGACUGUGACCUUUAACCCUUUGACAUCCGUCAGCUCCCAGUCUGGAGCGACAUCGUCAGGACCCUUGAGGCAUAUGCAGAGUUCCUCUCCUGCGUUGACAAACUCGGCACAACCAUCCCCCGAACAACAACCUAUGCUCAGUGCUUUCAACUCGAAAUUGCGACGGAGAAACAGCCAUGGAGCCCCACUGCCCACCACCCAGCCAUCCACUACGGCACCGAGAGCUGGCGCUCAGCGAACAACCAAGACCACCGAGAAAUUGAAGAUCUUGCCAAAUCCAGACAUCGGGGAGGAAGAGCCGGACGAGGAAAGCGGCAGAGAUGUAUAUGCGCAGUUUACAAGAAUCAAAGACCCAACAGCGAGAAGAGAUGCCGUCAGACUGGGAAAGGCCGACCGAGACCGACUACCUCGAGUUACGGCAUACUGUAUGGCACAGGGUUAUCGUGUUGAAGGUAUCAUGAAGUUCAUGAAAUCAAGAUCAAGGACAAGAGGGGCCAAUCCAAAGCUGUUUGACGAGUGCCUCUAUAGUCCAUAUGACUACGACCACCUGAAAAAACACGACAAGAACAAAGGUGAUGGAAGGAGUAACAGUCCGGUGCAAGAAAGAAUAGCAAGGGUCAUGGCAAGUCCAAGGAUAGGACCGGGAGAACGGAGGUACUCAGACAGCGCAGUGGAGGUGGAGGACAACAAAAAACAUCGAAGGGAUGACCUCAUUGACUUGCAAGAGGAAUUGGGACCACCGAGUACGGCGGCAGAAGGCCCGCAGCUCACUAUGACAGCAACCCAAUCCUCCCACGACCCGCGACACGCCGAGGGCGAUGAUAUGCACGAAAGGACAAAUUCCGAACUUUCGACCGUGGUACAUACAUCUGAAAUCUUCAUCUUCGAUUACGGCACUGUCGUGAUCUGGGGGAUGACUGUACAACAAGAACAAAGAUUUUUAAACGACAUGUCGAAAUUCAGCGACGCCCCAUUACCCGCGGAUAGCGUUCAAACAGAGAAUUUCAACUUUUACUACACGAAAGAAUACCAGGCACGAAUUUACAACGACUUCAUCAGCUUGCGGGAACCGCGGAACCACAUGAUCAAAUUGGCCAUCAGCCAUGCUCUGGCGCAGAGCGUCAAGACGAGUUUAUUUGAGGAUCUGGUCAGCGAGACGAUCGAAAGAACGAGUCCUCUUCCUGCGUUGAUCGCACAGACCGGGAGCGUCAAUCUGACGAGACGACAACUGAAUAUGCAGAUCGGAGAAUUAUUCAUUCUGAGAAUCAACAUCCAUCUACAGGGGAGUGUGCUGGACAGUCCAGAAUUGAUGUGGGCAGAACCACACCUGGAACCUGUGUACGCUGCUGUGAGGAGCUAUCUCGAGAUUGAACAGCGCGUCGGCCUUUUGACGGAAAGAUUGGAUGUGAUUGCUGACUUGCUUGCGAUAUUGAGAGAGCAAGGGAGCAGACGACAUGGCGAGGUGUUGGAAUGGAUCGUCAUUGUCCUCAUCGCUGCGGAAAUCUUGGUGGCCGCCAUCAAUAUUGUCGUCGAUCUCUACGCUGGAGUCGUCUGA